AUGGAUACAGGACCGUCCUUGGGCAACGGAGCUAGUUUCCAACAACAGGAGAAGAUUGCUAUCGUUGGCAUUGGAUGUCGGUUUCCAGGCAAGGCAUCGAGCCCUUCUGCUCUCUGGGACUUGCUCAGCAAUCCGGUCGACCUCUCUGCACCCAUUCCUCCAUGGAGGUUUAACAAGGGCGGCUUCUACCAUAGGGACGCCUCGCACCAUGGAACAACGAACAGUAUGGGCUCCUACCUCCUGGAGGAUGAUGACGUCAAAAUGUUCGAUGCCCAGUUCUUCAACAUCGCCCCACAAGAGGCCGAAUCCAUGGAUCCUCAGCAUCGCUUGCUGCUGGAAGUGGUUUACGAAGGUCUGGAGGACGCGGGAAUCUCGCUUGAAACGACGUCUGGCACCACGACCUCGGCCUACGUUGGGCUAAUGUCAGCAGAUUGGCAAGAUCUGCAGCUGCGAGACGUUGAUGAUGCCCCAAGGUACCUCGUAACGGGAGGCGCGCGCAGCAUCGCAAGCAACCGGUUGUCGUACUUCUUCAACUGGCACGGACCGAGCGAGACCAUUGAUACGGCCUGUUCUUCCUCACUUGUGGCCAUUCACCAUGCCGUACAGUCGCUGCGAUCUGGCGAGGCUAGCAUGGCUGUGGCAGCUGGAAGCAAUCUCUUGCUAGCACCGGACAUUGCUGUCAUCCAGUGGAAGAUGUCAAAUGUGGUCUUCUGA